AUGGCUUCCUUGGAUACGAUAUUUUCUGUCAUACCAUUCUUGCAUUGGGCGAUGAUCAUAUCGCUGCUUGUUAUUUCAGGCACGGCAUGGUCAUUCAACCUGUGGGUUAUUCCGAUAAUCAAAAUGAACCCGUCGAGUAGCGCUGUUCAGCAGCUUUUGGAAACAUCCCGGCGCGGUGGCGCCUGGCUGGAGCCAUUGAAUGCAAGCUUUGCCUUCAUGUUUGGCAUAACUGCUGCCGUGCUUUCACGACACCCCGACGCGGCCGAGGCAGCACAGUGGAAGCCAUUCGCACUGACAUUCUUAACCUUGCUGCAAGUAGCUUGGUGGGAAAGAGUCAUGAUUUUCCCACUCGAAGCAACCAUUGCAAGGCUGGGAAAGAAUAACGACAAAAGUGGAGGCACUGAGAAGUUCUGGAUGGAUCAUGCCACAAAUAAAGCUCUACACCAGUCUCUAGACAAGUGGACACGCUGGCAUGCCGUUCGAGCAACCUUGCCACUGAUCGCUUCGCUGAUCGCGUUGUACACAAAGCUACAGCACCUGGUCUAA